AUAUGCCAAACAGAAGCUCAUAUAACAGAAGCUAUUACAAUGAGCACUCAACUAUGACAGUCAUUGCAAAGUCCAAUGGUCUCAAAUUUUAUCCAGGCUUUGUAGGAGACAAGAAGGUGGAAGUUCUUCGUGACACCGGAAGCACGUCCACAUUAGUACAUGAACGCUUCGUACACGCAAACCGUUUCACAGGCAACCACGUCCAAGCCACUGCAUUCAACGGAACUGUCAGCAAGUUACCUGAGGCCAUCAUUUAUGUUACCACACCAUUCUUCAGUGGUCAAACAAAAGCAUUAGUAUCACCCAAUCUACCAGUGGACCUAAUCAUUGGAAACAUAGAAGGAGUUAAAGAAUGCACUCCUCAAGAACUUACUGAAUGUACAAAUGCCAUAGAGCAAGGUCAAAAAUGUUUGGCAGUAAUGACAAGAUCCAUGUCCAGACAACAAGAACAUUUGGCACCUGAACAAGUUAGCCAAAAUAAUCACAUAGCUACCUCAGUUACUCAAGUUAUGCAGAAUGCAACAGAACCAGUUACUAGUCCAGUAGCCAGCAACAAUCAAGAACACUCAACAUGGACACCCCCAAUUACAUCAAGCCCAUCCCUACCGGUCAUAAGUCCACCUCCAAUUCCCGAAUGUCCAUUGUUGAACUUUGAAGAACAAGACGACAUGCCCAGAGUCUCUAGCAAUGAUACAAGAACUCUAACUGGUCAAACUGAAGUCCAUCAAGACAAGUCAUAUUUCACACAUGAUGACUUCAUGCAUCAAGACUUGAAUAAGACUGCAUCUGCAUCAUUAUCUACCAAUACUAUGGUAUUCAUUGAAAAUUCUUGCUACAAUCAAGACAAGUCUCAAGAACCAGAAGCAGAAACUAAAGAAACUUAUACUCAAUCAACUUUGGCUAUACCAGACAAAAGAAAAACUUUUCAACUUGACUCUACCACUCAUACAAGUAUUCCUCAUCUGAAAGAAUGUGAGUCAACUCAAGAAGCCAUUACAGCCAAGAACAUUGAAAGUCAAAGAAUAGUACAUGAACACAUGAAGUCAAGAUAUUUUGCUCAAGGAGAUCAAGUCAAUUUACUGUUACCAGAUUGGAGUAACAAGCUGUUCUACAAAUGGCAAGGUCCAUUUACCAUCACCAGAAAGAUUUCCAACCUGCUUUAUGAAAUCAAUGUCAACAAGGUUACCAAAGUAUUUCAUGUUCAUAUGUUUGAACAUUACCAUGAAACAGAUAAUGAAGACAUCAAAGCAGAAGUUGAUAAUUUUACAAGCUUAGCAACCAUUCCUGAGAUAGAUGUUUCAUUACCAGCAUCAAAUCAAAUUGACAUUCCCAAGGUCAUCACUCUGAAUGACAUAGCACUACAAACAGUGAAGAACAUUAAAGUGUUUCCAGACCAUGCAGAUUUCUUUACCAGUGUUUCUGAGACAUUUCCAGUACUGCAAUUUGAAAGAAACUCAGAAAGCAAUAACAUUGACAACACCAAGUUUCAUCCUCCGUCCACUCAAGGGGCAACUUUUCUUCAGAAAGGAACAAAUGAACUUCUUCAACAUUGCUGUAUUGACCGAUUGAACUCAGACAUGUUCAGUCAUUGCUCUAUUGAACAUUAUAAUGCAAAGCAUUCUGCUACCAUUGUUCUACAGCGUCAAAGUUCAUCAACCAGAAAAUUGAGUUUUGGUUUCGGACAGUUCUUAUUUUCACCAAACUCAAACGCGGUUCAAUCAGACAUUAUCUGUGAGAUCAUUAUGACAUGGAGACAACAGCUUCAUAAACUGAAAGACCUUUUCUUCAAGUUUAGAAAACGCGUACACACAUCCAUGACGGCAACUCAGAAGUAUUCCGAACUUCACACUUACAUGUUACAUAUGUACUACAGCAUAUUUAGUGCCACUUGAUCCAUUAUCAUUCAUACUCGUCAAGGAAGAACAGUAUUCAGUUGUACUUAAUCAAUUAAUUUGUCUACUCAUUUUUUCCACAGGUAUUCUAUAUCAGAUGUUGCAUUUAUUUUAGCACCAAGCAACCCACUGAGGAAGGUCACUCAUUCAAGAUACUUUGUUCAUUAUGUUUCAGCAUCUUUGCAUAUGACAUGCAUCAGACAUCUUAAUUUUUAAAUCAUGUGCAUUUUAUUUCAGGUAUUUUAUUUCAGGUACAAUAUUAUUGCAUAUAUCCUAGUACAGAUACAUGACAGAUAAUUGGAAUUUUUCAUUGCUUCACACAUGUUGAGAUUUAUAUCACAUUGAGUAUUAUUUUCUCAGAAGAUUGUCAUGUACUAUCACAAUUAUUUUUUCUAUGUCAAUUUUUCAUAUGCAAUAUAUUUUUCCAUGUACACAUUUUCACAUUAGUACUAACCAAAUGAGUUAUAAUGUCAUAUUUUAAUUUUAUCAUAAGGCACCAUGAAGCUUCAUAACCUAUUCAAUUCAAGAUUUAAUUUAUCCAAGUAUUAUGCUUUGUACAACUUUUGAUAUUGUUCAUGACAAGCAUUGUCUCAUUUUCAUAACCACUUGAAUAGUGAAACAGGUGUUCAAGGUCAUCAAUAAUUUUAUUCUCUGCAUUUACAUUUUUUUAUUAUUGUUGUUAUCUCCAAGUUGACUUUAUUUUGUCAUAUGUUACCUCGACCAUUUUUCUAUAAUUUCAUGUAUGGUAUUUUGUGUAUAUUUAAAUAUUUUUAAUACAUAUGAGCAUUUCUAUUACCAUACAAAUGCUAAAUGGAGGGGGGGGGGGGUAAUAUGUCACAGAUUACAUUAUAGAAUUGUUUGUACAUUUCACUUUUGAAAGUAAUAUAAGCCCUCGACAUGAGUCUCGGGAUUUAAUCCUCAAAUUUAGACACUUGACAUUCAAGUCAGGAUUUACCCAAGGGACGUAAUUAGUAUGUUUGAAAUCUAUUGGUUGAUUUUGAAUUUAAACAAAGACAUUUUUGAAAAGAGUUAGCGCCAGAGAAUUGGCGGUAGUAAGAAGGUAAAGGGGGUCGAAUAAAUAAUGUCCUUGUAGACAGUCAGGUUUCUAAGAGCUCUGUUUGAAAAGCCUUUGUAAUAUGUUUCAUGCUCAUUGAUUUGUAAUUUGUACAUAAACUGUACUUACGUUAUGUUUAAAUAAAGUUCCAGAGUUUUGUUUUAUCAAAGAAUUGUCAAUUGUGAUUCUAGAUCUUCAUUUUUUGUUAACUAUUGAAUUCAAGUAAAAUCCCCGGCAUCACAACAC